AUGCGGGAGCUCAAGGAGACGGUGGCUCAGGUGUCUGAUGCGAAGGGGAACAUAGUGCAGGCAGUGAGCGAGGUCCUUGAAGACCAUGGUGUCCAAGAGGAGAAGAGAGAGGAAAUUCUGCGGUUGGCCCAGGCGGCAAUUGAGAAGGCCCUUGACGACUCCAUCCAGAUGCGUGACUGGGCUCUGGAAGCCUUAGGUGCCACCAUUGAUGAGAAGAGGACAUCCAAGAGUUAUGGUGGGCAAGGCAAGAAGACCUGGUGGCUUUUUCCAUUCGCCUUCUCUUCUGCAAACCCUCCAGAGACAAUCUUGCAGCUCCGUAUUGCCCCGGGCAGCUGCUGGGCUUUCCAAGGAUCUCGAGGCCACGUGGUCGUCCGUCUGCCUGAGCCAGUCUGGCCAACGGCUUUCACCAUCUGGCAUAUCUCCGAGGCAGUCUCUCCUUCCGGGGAGGUCAGCAGCGCCCCCAAAGAGUUUGCUGUCUCCGGAGCGGAUGAGGCAACGGCAGAAACGCUCCUGGGGACGUUCACCUACGACGUGCACAAGGAGAUCGCUCAGACAUUCCAUGUGCAGAAGGAGCUUCCCCGGACCUUUCGCUACAUCACACUCCGGGUGCACAGCAACUGGGGAAACCCAGAGUACACCUGUGUCUACCGAGUACAGGUUCACGGGAAGACGAUCGCCAUCCUCAUCGUGGUUGUGCUGAAGGGAGACAUCCUUGACUGGGUCCUGCCACCAAAGCUGGCGGCCGCCUUUGGGAGCCGCCCAGCGAGGUCCCAGCUCUUCUGA